CGCCUCUACAGGAACCACUCAAAUUCCUGUCACUUCUCUGACUCCCUUCGUCGUGGACAUGGCUCUGCCGCCCUUUUUCGCCCCAGGUCGCCCAGGCCCGCCGCCCCCGCAGCCGCCGCCUCCCGCUCCCUUCGGCUGUCCGCCACCGCCGCUGCCCUCCCCGGCUUUCCCGCCGCCUCUUCCCCAGCGGCCCGGCCCCUUUCCGGGGGCCUCCGCCCCCUUCCUCCAGCCCCCGCUGGCUCUGCAGCCCCGGGCCCCCGGGGAAGCCUCUCGCGGCGGUGGCGGCGGCGGCGUCUACUACCCGGUGCCGCCACCGCCGCUGCCUCCGCCGCCGCCCCAGUGCCGGCCCUUCCCGGGGACUGACGCUGGUGAGCGGCCACGACCGCCGCCGCCAGGCCCGGGGCCGCCGUGGAGCCCCCGUUGGCCUGAGGCGCCGCCGCCGUCCGACGUGCUCGGGGACGCGGCCUUGCAGCGCCUGCGCGACCGGCAGUGGCUAGAGGCGGUGUUCGGAACCCCGCGGCGGGCGGGCUGCCCACUCCCUCCACGCGCGCCCGCCGGGCCCAGCCUGGGCGAAGUGCGCGCGCGGUUGCGCGGGGCUCUGCGCCUGGUGCGACGGCUGCGCGACCUGGGCCAGGCCCUGCGCGAGGCCGAGGCUGACGGCGCGGCCUGGGUACUGUUGCAUGCCCAGGCUGCGCCGUUGCGCGCCGAACUGGCCGAGAGACUACAGCUGCUGACCCAGGCCGCCUAUGUGGGUGAGGCGCGGCGGAGGCUGGAGAGGGUCCGGCGCCGCCGGCUUCGGCUUCGCGAGAGGGCUCAGGAACGCGAGGCCGAGCGGGAGGCGGAGGCCGCGCGAGCAGCGGAGCGCGAGCAGGAGAUUGACCUCUGGAGGGUCAAGUGCGUGCAGGAGGUGGAGGAGAAGAAGCGGGAGCAGGAACUUAAAGCUGCUGCUGAUGGUGUCUUAUCUGAAGUGAGGAAAAAACAAGCAGACACCAAAAGAAUGGUGGACAUUCUUCGGGCCUUGGAGAAAUUGAGGAAACUCAGGAAAGAGGCAGCAGCAAGGAAGGGGGUCUGUCCUCCAGCCUCAGCAGAUGAGACUUUUGAGCAUCAUCUUCAGCGACUAAGAAAACUCAUUAAAAAACGCUCUGAAUUAUACGAAGCUGAAGAGAGAGCCCUCAGAGUUAUGUUGGAAGGAGAACAAGAAGAAGAGAGGAAAAGAGAAUUUGAAAAGAAACAGAGGAAAGAAAAAGAGAAAAUUUUACUUCAGAAGCGUGAAAUUGAGUCCAAGUUAUUUGGGGAUCCACAUGAGUUCCCACUUGCACACCUCCUGCAACCCUUCCGACAGUAUUACCUCCAGGCUGAGCACUCCCUGCCAGCACUCAUCCAGAUAAGGCAUGAUUGGGAUCAGUACCUGGUGCCAUCUGAUCAUCCCAAAGGCAACUCCGUUCCCCAAGGAUGGGUCCUUCCCCCGCUCCCCAGCAACGACAUCUGGGCAACAGCCAUUAAGCUGCAUUAGUAAAGACGCUCCAGAAGUGUGGUCCAGCCAAGGCUCUUUCCAGCUCUAAAUACUAGUGAUGCCACCAUCUUCUCGUGCUAUAGACUAAACCACAACCUCUAAACUCCAUGUGGCAUUGUUCUACCCAGAAGUUACGUUUUCCUUGAGUGUUCUGUCCUGGCCAGAGAUGCCUCUUGAAUCAGGAGAUUAAUAUGUUUCUUCAGGAAAGGACCUAGGUGAACUGGGGUUAUUACCACAGAAAGUGACCUUGGUUAGCCGAAUUUGCCUCUGUUUUGAAGGGGCUUGGUUCAGAGUGACUUGUUAAUUUACUCUUUAACUUCUUGUGUGGUGAUGGGUAAGUACACUGCAUACACUCAACACAAAUGUGCAUUGGGUAGACUCAGCCCUUCCCCCAGUACUGAGUGUGAAGGCAAGCUUUGAUGUAAAACCUCUUUACCCUCUUUACCCAAAGAACCCUCUCACUUCUAGGAGGAAAGGUCAGAAAUGCUUUAUCUAUGGUUUUAUGAAUCCCACUUUUGUGCAGCUUGAGAGGCUACAGACUGGGCUGCCAGAAAAGCUCAUGGCCUAGUCUGGUAGUCAUGUGGAGAACUUGGAAAACCUGUAUCCAUAUUGGAUCGUGUUUUAAUGGAUAAUGGCUGCAUCUUCCCAUGUUAGAAGGAUCCUAACAAAAACACGUGUUAUUUAAGUUCCUGAAGAUCUAGUUGUUCAGAAUCCCCAAUGAUAGAAAUUUAUCUUAACCUCCCUCAGUCACAUUGUAGGGGCUGGUAUAGCUGUGGAAUUUUCUUAGGAACUCAAACUUUCAAAAACACCCAUGUAGUUAAAGCUGGGAGGAAAGCAGAUAAAAAUAGUAAAAUUUAUUUUUUUAUAUUCAUUAAUAAAUGCUAUUGUGCCUGGGAAUGAUCAAUCAUAACAUGCCAGGGUUUUUGUUUUGUUUUGUUUUGCUCUUUGUCAUUUGUCGUGUUAUUUAUAUUUCCGAAAAGCUAAAUAAAUAUCAUUUUUAUUUUUUAGUUUGA